AAUUUGACGUGCUGCCAGCUACAACGAUUGCGCUCGCCCGGCCCCAAAAUCGCAUUGGUAUUUGUUGUGGAACUGAAAUUGAACGAAAAUGAGCGCCGUGGAUGCCAUAAUCAAUUAUAGACGCAGUCCCGAAGAGGACUUUUACGGUCUGCUCAAUUGCGAUGAGAACUCCUCGCCCGAGCAGAUACAGGCCGAGUACAAGGUGCUGGCCCUCCAAUAUCAUCCCGACAAGAACAGCGGCAACAAGGAGGCAGAGGCCAAGUUCCAGCAACUGAAGGAGGCCAAGGAGACGCUCUGCGAUCCGGAGAAGCGCGCCAUCUACGACAAGUGGCGCAACAGCGGAAUCUCCAUGAGCUACAAGCAGUGGCUGGGUAUGAAGGAGCACGUGGGUCAGGUGAGAAGAUACACAAUUGCGGAGAAAGUGGAUAAAGAGUCCAUGCAUUGGGCCACACCCAAGACCAAGGAUCGUAUGUUGCCGGAGACUAGCGCCCCGACUGGGGCCAGCAGCAGCGGUGGCUUGUCCGCUGCCUCUCCCAACCCGGCCCAUCGCCGUGCCUCCGAGGGCGGGGCUGCACUCUACUACGGCAAUCGCAAGGGCGAGUGGGGUGGCGAGAACACCGAUGUGGCCAAUAAAUUUCGUAAUUACGAAAUCUAAAUGGCCUGACAGUUUGAAUUGUAUGGAAAUUGGAUGAGAAGUAUAUGCGGAGCGGAUGUGGAAGCUGUGGCUGUGGAGAAGUGUAAAAUGAAGCUAUAGAUUCCUUGAAAAUGCAAGCAAGCGUCGAAAAAAUUGAAAAAAAAAAUAUUAUGCAUAUAUCUAUGGUCUCUACACAUGACCAAUACCUUCAUAUAUAUCGAUGUGAGUUUUAAUUCCAGUUCAAUUUAAUGGCAAAGAAAUCGCAUACACAAAUAUCAAAGCUCUCUAUAUACAAAUACAUAAUGUCAAAAGCAGAGAACAAAACGGCAAGUUUAGCAUUUAAGCGCGAAAUGAAUAUUUCAGCAAAAGUUAUUUAACUUACAAUUAUCAAGCAUGUGCUACACAAAAUAUAUAUAUAUAUAUAUAUCAAAAUACAUAUACGAUUCAAUAUACUAUGUUUAUUCAUUAAUGUAAACUUACAGCGUUGCAAAUUAUAUACAUGUGUAUAGAUGUACAAAAAAAUAUGAAGAAAAAAUGGUAAUUAAUAUAAGAAAAAGAAACUGUAAUUUCAAUAAACAAAUGGAGUGGCCGAGGUAAGAGUUUUAGUUAAAAUCUAUUGAGACAUUUGAAAACAACUAGUCAAAUUUUAAAUGUUUAGCUGCAAAUGUUAAAUGAUUGUAUAUCAGUGUUACAUAAACAAAGUAAAUAUAUUUGUCUAUUAAUCUACAACUAUUUAUAUAUCGAUGUAUGUAACAUGUGCCCCUACAAGACAAUCCCUUUGGAAGUGUUUAACCAUGCACUAAAAAACUGAAACUAAAACUAAAUCUAUAACUAAAAGUGAAACCUAAAGCUUUCAUCACCAACUUGGAGCAAUUCGCCCACCACAAAAGUCAACUUUGCCGAGAGAAAUCAAAAAAGAACAAAAAGAAAACAAAAGCGAAUUUAAAAACUUUAUACACUAAAAAGAACAUUGCGUAAUCAAAGAAACUUUCACUUGGUGUCCUUUUAAAAGCGAAACUGAACUAUUUUAUUUAUGCAAGUAUUUAAAAACAAUAAAAAAGCUUAAAAAAAUGAAUAAAAUUCAAAAAAAGAAAUAAAAAUGUUAAAAGUAAGAAAAUUUACAAAAAAAAUUUAAAAAAUAAAAUCAAAAAUGUAAGAAAAAAAAUGAUAAAAUGUUUUGAUGCAGUGUUGUUUUUAAAUCGAUGUGUGAUGAAGUUUUCAAAUGUUAUACAACAACAAAAAUCCAUGCAUUGCUAUAAUUAUAACUAUUGUGAACCCAAUUAUGCAAAAUGUAAGCGUUACUCGCAUUAACUACACACAUUACAUUAUACGAGUAUAGAUGUUUAGUUCUAAGUCAUAUUGAAUUUUAUGCAAAUACACACAUAUUAUACAUACUGACGGGAAAUGAAGAGGAUUUCAAGCAGAGAGCCAAGGACAGCUUUCUUGGCCAGUUGCAAAAAUAAAUGUUACAUUUACUUUCGAGAGGAUAUGUAAGAAAUUUCAAAAGAAAAUCAAUAAAAACUAUGAGUAUUUGAAGGGGGUUUCCUCAAUAGUGAAACUUCAGGUAUUCAAA